GAGGCGGGCUGAGGAGUGGCGGGGGCGGGCGGCCGGGGGCCCAUGUGUGGCGGCGGCCCCCCCCCGCCCCCCACUACCGGCGGCGGCGGCGGCCCCUUCGUAACCAAGCGCCGCUGAGGCGGCUCCGCGGGCGCAGAGCGAGCGCGGCCCCGGCCCCGGCCCGGCGGCAGGAUGAAGUUCGCCGAGCACCUGGCGGCGCACAUCACGCCCGAGUGGCGGAAGCAGUACAUCCAGUAUGAGGCUUUGAAAGAGAUGCUGUAUGCAGCUGUGGACCAGGCUCCUUCUAUAGAAGACACAGACGAGGACACGGUGAAAAGAUGUUUUGCCACCUUCGAAGAGAAAUUCUUCCAAACCUGUGAGAAGGAACUUGCCAAAAUCAACAUUUUCUAUUCAGAGAAGCUUGCGGAAGCUCAGCGGCGGUUCACGACGCUGCGGACGGAGCUGCAGUCCACGCUGGAGGCGCAGAAGGAGGCGAGCGGCGGCUCGGCGCUGCAGCGCCGCAGGAAGCCUGUCUUCCACCUGUCCCACGAGGAGCGGGUGCAGCACAGGAACAUCAGGGACCUGAAACUGGCCUUCAGCGAGCUCUACCUCAGCCUCAUCUUACUGCAGAACUACCAGAACCUGAACUUCACUGGCUUCCGCAAGAUCUUGAAGAAGCAUGACAAGAACCUGGAGACGGCGCGGGGAGCGGAGUGGCGAGUGGCCGAGGUGGAGGUGGCCCCCUUCUACACCUGCAAGAAGAUCAACCAGCUCAUCUCUGAAACAGAGGAAGUGGUGACUAAUGAGUUAGAAGAUGGAGACAGACAGAAGGCUAUGAAGCGUUUGCGUGUUCCGCCCUUAGGAGCAGCUCAGCCUGUACCAGCCUGGACUACAUUCAGGGUUGGACUGUUCUGUGGGUUGUUCAUUGCACUGAACGUCACCGUCAUACUUUCAGGUGUGGCUUUUAUAGAUGGACCAAAUGUGUGGCCACUGGUGAGAAUCUAUCGAGGUGGCUUUCUCCUGAUAGAAUUCCUCUUUCUCCUGGGCAUCAACACAUAUGGCUGGAGGCAGGCUGGAGUGAACCACGUCCUCAUCUUCGAACUCAAUCCCCGCAGCAACUUGUCCCAUCAACAUCUCUUUGAGAUUGCUGGUUUCCUGGGGGUUCUGUGGUGCCUGAGCCUGCUGGCAUGUAUAUAUGGUAAAUUCACCUACAUCCCCAUGCAGGUGAAUCCACUCAUCUUGUACGGCUUCAUGUUGCUUUUUCUCAUCAACCCUACCAAGACCUUAUACUACAAGUCCCGGUUUUGGCUGCUCAAACUAUUGUUUCGAGUGUUCACUGCUCCCUUCCACAAGGUAGGCUUCGCAGAUUUCUGGCUGGCUGAUCAGCUCAACAGCCUGGUUGUGAUACUGAUGGAUCUGGAAUACAUGAUCUGCUUCUACAGCUUUGAGGUUCAGUGGGAGGACAACGCGGGACUUCUGGCAAAUACAGAUAAUCAGAUUUGUUACAGCUACUCCUACGGAGUGAGAGCAGUUGUCCAGUGCAUCCCCGCUUGGUUGCGCUUCAUCCAGUGCCUGCGCCGUUACCGCGACAACAAACGGGCCUUUCAUCUGGUUAACGCUGGAAAAUAUUCCACCACCUUCUUCGUGGUGACAUUUGCAGCCCUCUACAGCACCCACAAAGCUAAAAACCACAGUGACACCCAAGUGUUCUUCUACCUGUGGAUUAUCUUCUACUUCAUCAGCUCGUGCUAUACCCUCAUCUGGGACCUGAAGAUGGACUGGGGUCUCUUUGACAGAAAUGCUGGUGAAAAUACCUUUCUUCGAGAAGGAAUUGUCUACCCUCAGAAAGCAUACUACUACUGUGCCAUUGUGGAAGAUGUGAUCCUGCGCUUCGCGUGGACCAUCCAGAUCUCGCUCACCUCCAUACAGAUCUUUCCUUACGCUGAUGACAUCAUCUCUACUGUAUUUGCCCCACUGGAGGUAUUCCGGCGGUUUGUGUGGAACUUCUUCCGCUUGGAGAACGAACACCUGAACAACUGCGGCGAGUUCCGCGCUGUGAGGGACAUCUCGGUGGCGCCGCUCAACGCCGACGACCUGACGCUCCUGGAUCAGAUGAUGGACCAGGAAGAUGGUGUACGGAACCGCCGCAAGAACAAGCAGUGGAAGCGCAGCCAGAGCGUCUCCUUGCGCAGACCUCGCCUCGCUUCGCAGUCCAAGGCUUCUGACACCAAGGUGUUGAUAGAGGACCUUGCGAAUGAAGUGAACACAUGAGGUGGCCACGGCCUCUGAUUCCUCGUCCUUUGUUUUCUCGCUCUGUCCCCCUCUUCCCCACGUAACCUGAUCUCUGGUACAAUUCCAGCUGAUGACUACAGGAGAAAACACUGAACACAUUUUCCGAGCUCUUCCAGACCAGAUCCUAUGGACUCCAACAAGCUCACUGUGUUUUGUUUUCUUUUCUUCUGGGUUAAUUUUAAUGUUCUAUUUAAAAAACAAAAACAAAACAAAAACGACAAAAAAAAACUUUUAAAAAACCCUAAAAAAAAUGAUAAUUCUAUUUUACUUUUGUUUUGCCAAUAAAGAGGACAGUUCAGGAAAGAA